CUCCCACACAACCUCCUCAACUGAUCGCUCAGCCAUCAUGGCACAGUUAAGACUCCCCGCAGAGAUGAUCCUGGAUAUCAUCGAGUGUCUGAUUCCAUACGAACCACCUGUGGUGUUCUCUCAAGAUCAUAUUGUGACCCGUACGCUCCUCAGCUUGACGCUGGUCUGCAGACUGGUCUCCCGAUCCGCCAGGCAGCUCCUCGUCAAGCACUGUCUUUAUCUCAACUCUGCCCGCCAAUUAAACCAUCUGCUACAAGGAGGUCUUCUGUCUUCUACUGGAAAUGGCCCGGCCCAGAUCCCCUCGCCCCUGGGGCUCUUUUUAUCCCCGUUCCCAGAGGAUAACCUAGAUAUCCCUCCGACGGUUUCGCAGGUAGACUGUUUGUCGUCGCUGGUCUGUGAACACCUCACUCGCCUGGUUAUCGAUAUGCCACUUCGCUGGCUAUACCCUGAGGAUGACCACCACCAAGUCCGUCCAGUCCUCCGUGCUGCAUUUGCCCGGAUGACAAAGCUCGAGCAAUUCUGCUCCGUGCGAGACGAGCUAUACCUCAGUACCGUGCAAGGAAGACAGGAACCGGCGAUCUGGUCAUUCUGGCCGCGUCUCGAGUGUUUGGCUCUGUACAACGUCGAUGUUGCAUCUCCCCAGUUCCUGGACGGCCUCCGUCGAUGCUCAAACCUGACUCACCUGGUCCUUGUCCGACCCGAUGGUCUUGCGGAGGAGAUCCCCCCCGACCAGAUUGGGUUGGACUUCUUGCCCUCACUGCAGCGCUUGCUGGUGGUGAAUACGACGGAAGGGUUUCUACAGAACACAUACUUCAACCAGAGAAAAUGGGAACAGUCCUUUGUCGGGCGGUUUCAUGCUUUGCGCAGUACAGGGGAUCUGGAAGGGGGCGACAGCGACUCAGAAUCCGGGUCAAUUGCGAGUUACCUAGCUCUACGCAUCCCGUUUGGAAGAGACGACGAUGACAUUGAAAUAUGCCAGGAGUGGCUCUCAGCCCAAGCUACCAGCGGCGAGAUGUGGGGGAAUUCCGCCGGUUCAAUCAAUGCCGCCGACCAUGAUGGAGUCGCACCCAACCAGCACGAUGACAUCCAACCAACACCGUGGGACAUCUUACGACUUCUAUCUGGAUCCUAUCGCUCUGGAUACGGUAGCAUAGAGAGGCUGUACAGCGUUCCGUCUCUUGUUGGUUCCGGCACAAUGACCCCAACAACCCCUUAUUUAUAUGGAGAUUUUACGCAGAACAUGGAUGCACUCUGGAAAUGUGACAUCUGCGCCGCCACCUUCCAGCGACUGGAUUACUUGAAACGCCAUUCGGCGACGCAUACCAUGGAUAGACCCUUCAUGUGCGAUUUCUGUGGUUCUCUAUACAAGCGAGGAGAUAUUUUAAGACGACAUUGGAAAUCAUGCUCCGCGCGAAUACACUCCGGCCAGGCAAUGCCCGAACCCCGACUAGGAGGCAAAGAGAAACACGCGUGCGAUGGGUGUGCCAGACUCAAGCGAUCCUGUACGGGGGGGCAACCGUGCUCUGAAUGCCUCUCGCGAGGAAGAGACUGUUCAUACCAGCGGCUCGGCGACGAUAAUAUGGCAUCUCCCUCGGCUUAUGACGGGGCUGUUAGUCAGGGAUGUGAUGGGGGGCAACUGCAAUCUGGUUAUGCAGCGAUCCUCCACCAUCAACCUGACUCAACACAUCCGACCUGGGACCUCGGCCCCCAGACCUUCUAUCCAUCCGGGAUCGUGUGUUAUCAGGCCUACGGUCGACGCAAUCUCUGAUCAUAUCUAAUCAUGGCGCUUCUAAAAAAAAAUGAUCUGUGUUUGUUUAUACCCUGACUUGAUUUUUUUGCUUUUUGCUUUGGUGUUUGACUUGGGUCUUUCUUCAUUUACAAAUGCAGACACAAUUAUUUGAAU